AUGCCUUCCUUUAUUGGAAAAUUUUUCAAAUGUUUUCGUGGGGCCACCCGCGUGGAACAAUUUGAAACCAACCUCCAAUUAUAUUGGGAGGAGAGGGGAUUCCAGAUGCCAAAUCCGGAUCCUACGGAUACCCCUCAAAUUUUAUUGGAAAAAUGUUCCAACAUUCUGGAGAAUUAUUAUCCAUUUACACAGUGUUCUGUUACCGAACCGCACACUUGGCUGGAGCUUGCCAAUAAUCUAGCUAUCACCAAUACCACUACUCCCGCGGGGAUUGGUGCUCAUCCCAAUUUGCAAUUAUUGCUCGAAUUGCAGAAUCCGGGAAGUCAAAUAUACAUCGAAGGCUUCCGCCUCUUACUUGAAUGGAGCAGUGGUAUUGGCUAG